AUGGCCCAUUUCAAUAAUAUUGCCAGUGAACAUAGUCCAUCAACAAGCAAGGAUUGUGUCUAUAAAAUUCGAAAAGAUGUUUGGCCGUCCUCCAAUGAGAUUUUGCUCAAAAUCGAUACGGAAAUUUUCGCUGGAAUCGAGAUUAAACGGAUAGAUGAAUUUCUAAAACCAUCAAAAACGAAGAAAGUGAUCAUGGAAAAGACGCCAGUUCGGACAUCGAAUAGAAAGAUUGACAAGAAGCAAGAACUGCAAAUUGAUAUGCCUAGCACUUCUAGAAGCAAAACAGAGUCAAAGUUGAAAGAUGAGAAAGCGUCGAGGAAGGAGGAUCGGCAUGAGGCUAAACAUGGAGUGGAUGAAGCAAUGAAAAACAAAAACGAGUUGACCGCUAAAGAAAAGGAAGAAGCCCGAAUUCGAGCGGAAGAAGAUGCGUUGAUCAAAAAACACGAAAAGGGAAUUGCUGAAGAGUUGAAAAAGGAGGAACAGGAGAAGAAAGAACGGCUAUUCGUCGCGCAAAUUGACGAAUUCAAUUGGGAGUACUUUGACGCAACGAAUUUAACAGACGAGUACGUGAGGGACGCUUUUGGACUAAAAGUUGCCCAUCGAGCACACCUUGAUGAAUCACCGGAACAAUUAGACACAAGAGAAAAAUCGACCAUCAAGCAUCGAAAACUCCCACCGGAGGACCGUUUCUGCUCGAUUUGCAAGCAAUCACUAGAAGAAACUGAAGAUAAACGCUUUUCGGUGCCAAGGAGUCAGUAUUGCUCGGAGAAAUGCGUGCAAGUGAUUGUUGAACGAGCACAUCAGAAGCUUGGCUCAAACUCCUCAAUGGUGAUGGUAUUAGUGAAUGGAUCGAUCAUCCCAGGUCCAACUCUGAGCCAACUCGAGCAAUUUCUCCUUCUCAGCCCCCAAGCCACUCCCGUUCUUCCAGCGUAUGACUCAGCAAACAAAAAAGAAGACCCGGCUUUUCACCAUAAAAUGCGUACGGAAAUCGCCGCUGAGGAAUUGAAGAACAAAGUAGAGAAAGAGCAUUCAUUGCUGAAAAUCAGCUACUCAAAGACGAUAUCUGAUGGAUUAAUGGCUCGUGUUCAAAAACCAUUGGACUAUCAAACAACCCGAAAAGAUAUCAAAGAAUUGGGAGAAGAGAUUGUCAAUGCAAUGCUAAAGCGCUUUGGCUCACUCUCCGAUCCAACUGGAAAAUCAUGGACAAGAGAGUUUCUAAAAAGUUUAAACAAUCGACAGAAUAAGGGAUUUUUUGUUCGAAUUGUGAAAAAAAUGAUCACUCCAGACAAGUUGGUUUCAUUAGAACCAAGUGACUUUGAAUCAUCGAAAUAUGCGGAUGAAUUGGUGAAAGUUAAAGUUGAUUCAAAAUCUGAAAGUUCGCCGAUACAAACAACGCCACCAAAGAAGAAAAUGAUUGGUGAUGGAGAAGAAGGGCCAAGGAAAGACACAACGAAUGAACACGGGAAACACCUCUUUGAUCUCAAUUGUAAGAAGUGUUGUGCUGCGGAGAAGCUGAAAGAGAAAGAAAGAGCGGAAGCAGCGCAACGAAAUACUCCAACAGUGAUCAAAAAGUUGAAUAAACCAUUGGAAGAUCCGGACAUCUACUGGAAAGGCACAGUGGCUUUUCAGAAAGUUGAGGCAAAAAUGGUGCUAAGACCGCUGAAUCGAGAACAUGAGUGCAGUAGAGGAGUGGCCGCUCGCUUACCCGAACGAUUGUUGUGCAUUGGUAACUACCCCUUGGAAGAGUUUCACUUCAAAAUCAAGAACUUUUCGCGUGAACUUUCACCUAAAGUUCAUCUGGUAUAUCAAGCUGAAAUGGAUGAAAGUUCUGGUUAUAAUGAAGUGUUCACAACAAUGGGAGAGAUGAUUGAAGAAGAAUGGGUAUCGGUCGUGCCGUUGACAAAAGUUUUCGAGUCAUCCCUCAAUCUUUGUUUCCUUUUUGCACUAGGAAUUCGAGAUGCGGGACCUGAAUUCGGCGAUCCAUCAUGGUCAAUCCCAUUCCCUCGACAUCGUCCCAAUCUCUUUCUUGUCAUCACUUCUACGGAAAAUCUUUCACCUGAUGUUCUAGAAGCACUUCAAUCAUCAAAAAUUAUGCAAAACUCAAAAGAUGAAAAUUUGACUUCUUCGGCUUCUCCCCAAAAAUAUUCUUCCCCACUGCAAGCUUCUCCAUCUAAAGAAUUUAUCGAACGUCGGAUAUCAAAGUUUGAGGUUCAAAUUCCAAGGAGUCAGCCGAAACAAACAACUCCGAUGAAGGGUCAAGGAACAUCGGCAAGCAAGUUUAUAUCGGAAAGAGCAAAGUUUAAUAAAGUGAACCAAGCCAAGCCCAAGCUAUUCCCAAUGGAGACAAGUCCGAGAAAGCAUCCGUGGGACCAAUAUGCCAAAGAAGAAUCUAACCAGACACCGAUUUCUCCGCCAUGUCCGCCAAUGUAUCAACAACCAGAUUUUAACAAGAAACAAACGAACAAGGUUAGCGGAAAGCGAUCAAUCUUUGAACAAGCUACUGGAUCAUCAACUUUGGCAAACAAAAGGGGUCAGCUUGUCCAACCGCGCAUCGAUCUCUCACAAGUUCCCAGGGGAAAUUGGCUGGUUAAGCAGCUGAGGAAAGCCGAGAAUCCAGGUUAUGUGGUAAACCUCAUCAAAAAGUUCAUCGUUGAUUCUCAAAUCUCGGAUCGAAACCAAUUGAAAGUGAUCUACAAAGCAGCUUCACUUGAAAUAAAAUACCUAGAAUGUAUCGGUAUUGCAUCUGAUAAUCUCUCCGGUUCACCUUGUAAACGAAUUCGUAAUGUCAUUGAGGGUUUCGCUUUUCAAGGAAGCAGCUCACCCUUCUCUUUGGAAAGUCCCAUUUUUGAUGAAGAAUUCACCUAUUUGAAUGAACCUGGCUGCUCAAAAGAAAACCCAUUUCCCGAGCCUUCCGCUCUUCCAAGACGCGAUUUCCAUCCACCAUCAAAAAUCCCUCGCAUUUCACAGGAAGUGGAAGAUGGAGAAGUGCAAAGUGAUGAUGAUCCGCAUGAAAUAAGCCCCGAGCAUCAAGAAAUGUUUGUUCCACCGCGUAGUACUAUGGAGAUGAUGUUCGAUUUGGGGACAUCUAGAUUGCACACAUCGAAACAUCCAGAAGAAAUUCGACAAAUGAAACGAUUAAAAGAAAAAGAAAGAAAGAAAAGGAAAAAGGCUGAAAAACGAUUGGCAAAGGAGAUGGAGAGUUCGAAUGAGAAUCUUGCUUCAGAGAUCGAACGAGACUCUACUCCAUCAUCUUCAAAACAACAAGAUCAAUCUUUAACAUCUACAAACAACAAUUCAGCUUCAGAAAGACCAAAUUUUGAUCCCUGGAAUCAAUGGAUCACUCACGGUGUUCUGCCGCCAAAAGAAGAAAUACUAACAGAUCUACAUAAAAUAGUAGAUGAGAUUAUUGAGCCAUUGAUGCAAAGACCGGGAUCUAGUCAAGAAGCUGGUCCAUCAAGGGGUCCACCCCCAAAUCCCCUAGAUGAUCCCUACUUUUCUCCGUACACUCGAGCGCCAAGACCCGAGUAUUUGGGGCCAAGCAGAAAUGCGAGGCCAGGAGUGGAGCAUUCCGGGUCAAUGAGGCCAAGAGGACCACCUAUGCCAUACCCUGGACCACCCGGGCAUCAACGACCUCCCAUACCUUCAAGUCCAUAUCCAAAUCCAUUAGAUGAUCCAUACUUUCUGCCGAGGUCCAGAGGUCCACCAAUGGCGCGCGGUGGUCGGCCACCGAUGAUGCCGCCUAGAGGAGGUCGUCCACCUCCAAUGCCUCCACCACAAAGACCUGGACCUAGCUUUUUCUUU